CAGCCGACUUAUUUUACAUCCGAUGCCAAGAAAACAGAAAUGCUGCGCCAAAAUCUGUUGGAUCAGCUCAAGCACUUUAUAGAGACAGUGAGCAAUGGGCACAGUAACCCCCAGCUGCUCACCAAUCCCAGUCUCAUCAAGCUCGCGUUGGGCUUUCUGGAGGAGCUGCCCGCCACGCGUGACAUUGUAUUCGAGUACUUCGCCCUGCUGGCAGAGAUCAGCGUUCAGCUAUAUGUAUCGCCAGAGAUGGCGGACCCAAAGACCGGUAUGCCGGUGUCGCAGGUGAAGCAGGCCGGGAACCGGCAGCAACAGGCGCGUGCACCGGAGUACGAGAGUUUCAACAUUGUGAAGACGGCGCUACAGAGCCUAGUGUGGAAGGGACCACCUGCCUGGUCGCCGCUCAUUGCCAACUGGAGCCUGGAGCUGGUGGCAAAGCUGUCGGAUAAGUACACCCAGCGACGCAUGACCAUCACGGCUAGCUGUAACUAUUGGCUGGAGUGCAGUGCCAUGCAUGGCCUUAUGAGCCUAAUCAACAGUUGCUUCCGGAAGCUAACCCAGCCGGAGGAGGAGGCCUGCGUGGAGAUCAUGCUAAAUGCCUUCCAUCGGUUUCCCAUGACCUUUGACUGGAUUGUGGCUAGGCUGGGCGGCUGCUUUCCCUACAAAAUCAUCAUGCAAAUCCUGCAGUGCGGCAUUAAGCGCUUUGUGGAGGACUACCGGUGUCAUCUCGACUCGGAGGCGGGUAUCCUGGACUAUAUGACAUCGUGCCACGAGCAACACCUGAGAGCCGCUUUUCGCGAAAUGCUUAGGGAGGGAUUUGCGCCCAAGAAGCCACUAGAUGUGGCCGUGGUGCCUUUCUUGCUAAUCACCACCAACUAUUCCGAUGCAAUUCUCCAGAGCUUGGUUAAUGUUCUUGUGGAAAUAUACUCCGAAGACAUGAGUGAGGUAAUUGUGCAAAAGUCGCCGCUCUGGCUAAGCAACAAGAUGUUCGCCGACAUGCAGCCCACACUUAACAACGCCGUCCUCCGGCUGAACGAGCACGGAGCCACACUGCUUAUCACAGCCGCCAGGAUGGCCGAGAAGUUUACGUGGUGCCAGGACUUUCUGGACAACUCCAUGCAGGAGCUAGAGCAGUGGGUGCUCAACCAGCGCAACUUUCCGCUGCUGGCGGAUUUGGCCUACGAAGAGACCAAGUAUAUGCUGUGGAAAAGCUGUCUUAGCACCAAUCUCUUCGAGCAGCAGACGGCAGUUCGAUUGCUGCUGGUGGUCUCUUCCCAACAUCCUCACAUAUACUAUCAGACCAUAUCCCAGCUGCUAAGAAAAUCGUAUGCUCAGAAUCCCAAUGGUAUUGGCGCUCUUAUCCGUCUGCUGGGUGGCCAAAGUGGUAUGGUCAACUUUCCCGGCUUUACGCCUGGCUUCCAAAUGGUCCUGGAGGACAUCACGCUACAUGUUCAGGUUAACAGUCGCUUACCAGUGCCACCGGGCACGCCGACAGAGGCGUUCAACACAUUCUCCAACCUCAACAUACUGGCCAAGAUGCACAAGAGCAAGAAUGUGGCCCCCUACAUCAAGGCGCAGCAACUUAAUCAAGCCCUUAACGAGUGUCUGCCCAAAAUUAUUCAAAUCUUUGACUGUACAGUCAAUAAAUUGGUCCUCAAGAUGGACAGGGACGCGGCCGAGAACAGUGCUCAGAAAUUUAAAGCGCAACAGGCAAACAAUAAUAACAACAACAAUGAUUUGUGCAAUGGUAAAGACUACGGCAAACGACCAAAGCUGGAACCGGGCGAGGGUAAGGUAGAAGAUGAACACGCCACCCGCAUGCGUCUGGCGCAUCUUAUCGUGGAUCUGCUGAACAACAUUGAUGCGGGCAGCCGAACGAACGUCCUGCGAACUCCGAUGGUUCUAAAGCUAGCCGUGCUCAGCGUAAAGUUUUUUGUGGGACUCACUGAAAGAACUGUGAUCCGUCGUGCUGCAGCCUCUCAUCGUUCCUUCACCCUGCUGCAGCGGCAGUGUUCCGCUCGGAAGAUUGCUCGAACUGUUUGCCUGCGUGAGCUCGUUGAAGGAGCUCUCUUCUAUCACGGCCAUCUGCUGGGCCAGCUGGAGGAGUACGAACUGGAUGAGUUGAAGAUACCAGAGCACGAGCUGCUUAUCCUGCAAAACCUGCACACCAGUUCCGGCGCCAACUCAAAUCGUUCUGUGCUGCAUUCCGGUAUCAUCGGAAGAGGCCUGCGGCCUGUGCUGCCCACAAAUGAGCGAAGCUGCGAUGCGGAAAAGCAAGCGCUGUAUCUGAAGGCAUUGAAUGCCUGCUGUGCGGAUCUGGAAAAGCCGAAUAACGUGGAGGGCUACUCAUUGGUCUCGCUACUACUGGUCGAGCUGGUCUCCACGGAUGUCAUGUACAACGGCCUGCCCUUUCCGGACGAGGAGUUUACCAAGGUCACUAUGGAACGGGACAUGCAAAUCCGAAGGGCGUUCAUCACCUCCCCUGUACUGUGGGCGGUGUUGGGAUUGAUAGCGGCCCACAGGCCGGCCCUGUGCUACUCCUCAGUGCUACUGCGUGCUCUAUGCGCCACUUGCCUGCAUCACUGGCGGGGCAAAAAUGUCAACAAAUACCAGCCCACGUCUGCCAACGAUGAGCUAAUGCUCUGCACCAAAAAGAUGCUGCAGCUGCUGGCCAUGAGCCAACUAAUUCCACCGCCACUGACCAACCUGCAUCUCAUUAUCGAUCACUUCGAGUCGGCAGAGAUCGCUUUGCUGCUGCGCGAGUGCAUCUGGAACUACCUUAAGGAUCACGUGCCCUCGCCGGCACUCUUUCACGUGGACAACAACGGACUGCACUGGCGCAAUACGAACACGCCGCUGGCCAGAGUACCGCCCCAGUAUGUGGACACGUUGCGCCACCUUAUGCAGCGAAAGCUCUCCACGCUGGGCCAACACUACCACCAGAUGUUCAUCAUGGGCGAACUGAUGGCGGGGCAAUCCGAGCCGGAUCCCACGGCCCGGUUGGAGAUCGUAGAACUAGAUUAAGAGUCUGUAGUUAGCUAGCCUAAUGUCGUGUGUGCGUAUGUGUGUAUGGAAGGGUGUGUGGAGCAAACUAAAUGCAAUGUUUGUAAUUGAUCUUCAA